AAUUUAUGAAAGAUUGACGUAAUCAAGAAUUCUGGGCCCUUUGGCGAUGGCGAAAAUACGAUGAACAGUCGGAAUUAACUCUUACUUGAACACACCCAAUCUCUUCAGCGUCAGAACGGUAGCUUCAUCUUCUGAAUCUGCUGUGGUUUUCUUUUCGUUUCUUUGAAUCUUCACUCAGAUUCUGCCAUUGUUGCAGUAAUGAAGCACAAGAACCAGUCCCUGUCCUCCACUCGCUUACUCAAGCUCCUUCUACUCGGAUUCAUCAUUCUUCUCGCCCUCCUUUGCCUCUAUUAUGGAUCCUCUUUCGCACCCAGCUCCCGUAGAUCUGAUGAGGAAGAUUCCGAUCCUCUUUUUCCUGGCGACCGUUUCAAUCACGAUUUCGACGAUUUGCAUGAACAUCGUCGAGACCUCAAUCUCCACGUCCCUGAAUCCAUACCUAUCUGCGAUGAAAGGUUUUCGGAGUUGAUACCUUGUUUAGAUAGAAACCUUAUUUACCAAUUGAAAUUGAAGCUGAACUUGAGUUUGAUGGAGCAUUAUGAGCGGCAUUGUCCUCCUCCUGAACGCCGCUAUAAUUGUCUUGUUCCUCCUCCUACUGGUUACAAGAUCCCAAUAAGAUGGCCAAAUAGUAGGGAUGAAGUGUGGAAGGUAAACAUACCACAUACACACCUUGCACAAGAAAAAUCAGACCAGAACUGGAUGGUUGUGAAUGGGGAUAAGCUCAAUUUUCCUGGAGGUGGAACUCAUUUUCACUAUGGAGCUGAUAAGUAUAUCAUUGCACUUGCGAAGAUGCUUAAGUUCCCUGGUGAUAAACUCCACAAUGGUGGAAAUUUACGGAAUGUCCUAGAUGUCGGCUGUGGGGUUGCAAGUUUUGGAGCAUAUCUUCUUUCACAUGAUAUUAUUGCUAUGUCAUUGGCUCCUAAUGAUGUGCAUGAGAAUCAAAUACAAUUUGCACUUGAGAGGGGGAUCCCAUCAACUCUUGGUGUUUUGGGAACAAAAAGACUCCCCUAUCCAAGUAGAUCAUUUGAGUUGGCUCAUUGUUCUCGAUGUCGAAUUGAUUGGCUACAGAGAGACGGAAUCCUGUUAUUAGAACUUGACAGGUUACUGAGACCUGGAGGUUAUUUUGCUUACUCCUCCCCUGAAGCUUAUGCACAUGAUCCAGAAAAUAGAAGGAUUGGGAUGGCUAUGCAUGACAUCCUGAAAAGGAUGUGCUGGAAAGUUGUUGCCAAAAAGGAUCAAACUGUCAUAUGGGGAAAGCCAGUGAGCAAUAGCUGUUACUUGAAAAGAGAACCGGGGACUCUUCCACCCUUGUGUAAUUUGGAUGAUGAUCCAGAUUUGACUUGGAAUGUGUCGAUGCAAGCAUGCAUAUCCAGAUACACUGCAAAAAUGCACAGGCAAAAAGGAAGUGGACUAGUUCCUUGGCCACAGAGACUUACUUCAGCUCCUCCACGUCUUGAAGAAGUUGGUGUCAGUGCAGAAGAAUUCAAAGAAGACAGUACUGUUUGGCAGCUUAGAGUGGCAGAAUAUUGGAAAGAAAUGAGAUUAGUCAUACAGAGGGACUCCAUCAGAAAUGUGAUGGAUAUGAAUUCCAAUCUUGGAGGGUUUGGUGCUGCACUAAUUAAUAAAGAUGUCUGGGUGAUGAAUGUUGCUCCUGUCAAUUCAUCUGCAAAGUUGAAGAUUGUUUAUGAUAGAGGCUUAUUAGGAACUGUUCAUGAUUGGUGUGAAGCAUUUUCCACGUAUCCUCGCACCUACGAUCUUCUUCAUGCCUGGGCUGUAUUCUCAGAAAUUAAUGUUCGUGGAUGCAGUAUGGAGGAUCUUUUAAUCGAAAUGGAUCGGAUUUUAAGGCCAGAUGGGUUUGUCAUUAUACGAGAUGUUCCGUCUGUCAUAAACUACAUACGGAAGUAUUUUACAGCUUUAAGAUGGGAUGGAUGGUUAUCAGAAGUCGAACCUAGAGUCGAUGCUCUUUCCAAAGUAGAAGAAAGAGUUUUAAUUGCAAGAAAGAAGUUGUGGGAGAAGGAAUUAGCAUCAGACUGAUAUUUGCUGCAUUUUUCAGGAAAACCAAGUAUUACAUAUUUAUGUAGUCCUGGGCUCCCAGUUGAAAAGGAAGAUUGGCGAGCUUGGAUCCAGAGAUAUAUUUGUAUUUGGAGUGGCCAUUUUCGCAUUGACUUUCCCCAGUUAUCGUUGCUGAAGAUGAAGAUGGAAUGAUACAAAGUGCCAUGAAGAUACAGUCAUUUUGCAGAAAAUGUACGAAAUCAAUGAGAUACAAUGACAAACUAGCUCUUUUUUUUUUUUUUUUUUUUCUCAUAAAUAUGCAAGAAGAUUUAUGUUUGUUGACAUUUUUCAUUUUUUACCAAAUAACUUUUGGUAGGA